AUGGCCGGCGAGCCAGGUAAAGACCCCCAGCGCCCAGGCAACCUGAGCACUCUGCACUACCACCAGCUGCGCCUGGUGGUCGAGCGAUUCGGCGUCCUGUCGGCAAAAGCACAGUCACUGCCAGUGCCCAUAACCGACAUCGAGCGGCUCGUCACAAGCGGCCAGGCGCUGCUGCUGUGCGUGCCGCGCCCGGGAAGUAAUGUGCUGGUGGGCGGCUUGAAGGUCGGGGUCAAGCGGCUCUUCAUUCGGCGGGAGGGCGGCGCCCUUGUCGAGAUGGCGCCGCUAUGCGUGCUGGAUUUUUAUGUCCAUGAGAGCUGCCAGCGCUCGGGGGUGGGCAAGGAGUUGUUAGAGUGCUUGCUGGCCUCCGAGGGGCUGCGCCCGGAGCAGCUGGCGUACGACCGCCCCAGCCGCAAGCUGCUGGCGUUUCUGGCGCGCCACUAUGGUGCGGCAGCUGGCGCCAAGGGCGCGCGGCCCAACAACAAUUUUGUGGUGUUCGACAAGUACUUUGACUGCCCAGCACAGCAGCAGACCGCGCAGAAGACGCAGCGCACGCUCAAUGCGCAGCAGCGGCGCCAGGAAGGGGAAGAUGCACAAGGGCAGAGCAUGGGGCCGCAGGGGCGCCGCCGUGACGGGGGCAGCGGCGGCGCGCGACACUGGGCGUCGGUGACGCAGCGGCCGCUGACGGACGAGCUGGCAGUUGCGCCCGGGGCGCUGGACGCGGCGGCUGGUGCCGUCGCGGUCGCCGGCGCGGGCGCGCGUUCGACGGCGGCUGCUGCGGCGCACGCUUUCCCUCGGAGCAACUGGCUGAACUACCCUUCGGGCGGCUGCGGCGGCGCCGGCCCUGGGGGCGCUGCAGGGCAAAAGCCGCGCCUGGGCGCGAGCGGGGCGCCUUGGGGCACCAUUCUGGGCCCUGGAAGCUACUCUGCAGCUUUUGAAGGAACUGUGCGGGAGAGCGAGGAAGGAGGUGAUUCCCUGGACAACUUUUCAGAGUCUCUUUUCCUCGGGAACGGCCGUUCCAGCGGGCUGCGGCGGUCAAGCGGAGGUUUGACUGGGGUGCAGGGCGAGGCGGCGCCAUACACGCCGCCUUGCGUGGGCAGCCGGCCGGACAGCAUGGGCAGCGCAGCCUGCAGUGGCAGCGGUGGCGGGGCCUGGGGCCCAGCAGGGGUUCAUGCGUUGGGCCGGGAUUGCGGCGACCCCGCCGCCUGGGCAGCUGGCGAUAAUGGCAAGCCCAGCGCGAGCCCCAUUGCCAACUACCCUCAUCACCAGCAGCAGCAGCAGCAGCAGCAGCAGCAGCAGCAGCAGCAGCAGCAGCAGCAGCAGCAGCAGCAGCAGCAUGGCCACACCUAUGGCGGAGGCCUGAGCAGCAGCAGCAGAGAGGCCCCCAAGGCCAGCUACCCCUACCCACCUUACCGCACCGCCGCCGACGGCGGCAUCAACUACAGCCCCGCAACGCCGCAGCUCGCAACCCUGACAUCGCGUGCCCCCGGCGCGACGGUCCGCGCGCCGCGCGCGCAAGGAGCAGAGAUGCUCAACGCGCCGGGCGCAGUGCCGACAAUGUCGACGCUUCAGGUGGCAGCGUUGCGCGACCGCGGCCGCCUGCCGCAGCCCGUCGCGGGGACGACCGUGCUGCCGACCGCGGCUCUGGACGGCUGCUUGGCGCAGAUGCGGGCGCAGCGCGGCGCGGGCGGCGAGGAGGAGGGAUGGGCGGGGCACGGCCGGCGGAUCAGCGGUGCGGCGGUCGCGGCGGCGGGCGAGCUGCCGAGCUCGCCAUGGGAUUGCCGGCUGACGAGCCCCGCAUCUGCAAAGGCCGCAGCGAUUGCGCAGCGGUCGGGGCGCGCGGCGGCGAGCUGCCUGCGGCAUGACGAAUGGUGA